AUGUUCUACAUACCAUGCAUCAUUGGAGAUACACGGAUCGACCAAGCUAUGCUGGACUUGGGCGUGUCGAUCAAUGUCAUGCCUUUGACCAUAUACCAGGAGCUGAAGAUAGGACCACUCAAACCCACCCGAGUGGUGAUCCAAUUGGCGGACAGGUUAAGUGUGUACCCUGAGGGCAUAGUGGAGGACGUUCUUGUUAAGGUCCGGGACCUUAUUUUUCCAGCCGACUUCUAUGUGCUCAACAUGGGAGGUUCCAAGCCAAAGCCGGCAGUAAUGCGUCUGGGCAGACCAUUCCUCAAGACGGCUCAAACCCAAAUUGAUUGUGCAACCGAGAAGCUAACGUGCCAAUUCGAUGGAGAAACUGUGACUUUCAACUUGUUCAAGGCAACCAAGCACCCAACUGACAUUGAGAGUGUAGAGUUCGUUGAUAUCAUGGAUCGAGUGGUGGACCAUGUUGUGCCCUCUGUAUACAGAAAUGGAGAAUAUGACCUGAAGAACGAGAUGGAAAUAAUGGAAGCUAUGAUCGGAGACUUGGAGCAAGGGGAGGUAGAGCAAAUGCAACUUCAAGACCAUCAACCCUUGGAGGUCACACCUUUAGGGGAGGACGAUAGAUUGCUACCGUCCCUGGUCAGAGCCCCCAAGCUUGAGUUAAAACCGCUCCCCAACCACUUGAAGUACAUCUACCUGGGAGAAAAUCAAACCUUGCCGUGUGAUCAUAAGUUCAGAGCUGAGCCUAGAGCAGGAGGACAGAGUCCAGCAGGUCAUAUGGAAGUACAAGAAGGCCAUAGGAUGGACUUUGACCGAUAUCAAGGGCAUAAGCCCUAA